AUGCCCAACCAGUUCACUGGUAACUACAACGGCGGUGUUACUGUCUACUACAUCCAGCCCAUCGGCAGCAACGAGAGAGUCACUGCUUUCCCCAAGGGAUUCCGCAUGAUUGUCGGUGACCCCAUGUCGAGAGCCCGAAGGACUUCAGGCACCAAUGACAUUGACGCUCGUGCUAUCACCUUCCGAUGCUUCGGCGCCAACUUCCAAAGCGAUCCCGCUUAUCCUCAUCCCGGAACUGGUAGCCGUGAUACUGUAGCCCUCCCUUCGGGCCAGUGCUGGAAUGGCAGGGAUAUCGAUCCUCCCGACCACAACUCUCACAUGGCUUAUCCUACUGGUAACAUUGGUCGCGAUGGUCUCUUCUUCCACGUCGGUUCCUGCCCAUCCUCUCACCCCAGGCGUAUGCCUCUCCUUUUCCUCGAAAUCGUUUGGGAUACUCGUCAAUUCAACUCCCAAUGGCCCACCGAUGGUAGCCAACCGUUCGUUCUUUCUAACGGAGAUCCCACCGGUUAUGGACAACACGCCGACUACGUCUUUGGAUGGCAAGACGACUCUCUCCAGCGCGCUAUGGACCAGUGCACCGACAUUGGUGGACAGCCAGAAAGCUGCCGCGCGCUCACUAGGAACAGCGACGCUGAGAUGAACCAAUGCACCCUUCCAACUGUGGUUAACGAACGCGUUGAAGGAGUGUACCUUAACGAGCUUCCAGGAUGCAACCCCAUCCAAGCUGGACCUCAACCUGCCACCAUGGUACGGGAUUGCCGAGCUAUCUCGACCACUGGUGUCGGAGGCCCCGUCGUCACCAAUCCUCCCGUUGUUACCAACCCUCCCGUCGUCCAGCCUCCUCCUCCUGUUACCAACCCCGGCGCGCCUCUCCAAACCCGAUAUGGACAGUGCGGCGGGCAAGGAUGGACGGGCCCUACUCAAUGCCAGCCUCCUUACUCCUGCCAGGUUUCGAACCAGUGGUAUUCUCAAUGCAUCUAA